AUGGUCAAGAGAGUGCUUCGGAGCAUCUUUUCAAUGUGCAAGCACAUAGCUCAUGAGGUUAAUGAGAACAAAAAGGAUAUCAUUGAGCUCAUGGAUAUUGCAUGUCUUCCAGUUGAUCCAUACCAUGAGUUGCCCGAGUUUGAUGAUCCUUUUGCUGAGUGGGAUGCCAUGGAGGCUGCCGAGGCUGCUUCUUCUCCUUCACUGUGUGCCCCGGUUGGUUCUUCUCGCCCUCGACGCUCCACACGUGCUCAUUCACCUCCACAUGAAGAAGAAGAUGGUGACGAGGAUGACAACGAUGAGGAGGAGGAGGAGGACAACGACGACUACCACAACGAGGAGUAG